AUGGCGGCACGCAUCCUUAACUACGUCUACGUCGGUAUGGAGCUUUCCGUUGUUCCAAUCUUCCAAUCGGAAAUUGUUCCCGCUCCGGUUCGCGGCUUUGUCGUCGGCACCUACCAGCUGAGCUUGGUUGUGGGCGGCCUCACGAUCAACAGCAUCUGCUACGGGACAAGCAAGAUUGACGACAACAGGUCUUGGCGAAUCCCCCUCGGCCUUUUCUACAUUGUACCGAGCAUCGUUGCGGCUUUGAUAUUUUUGGUGCCUGAGUCUCCCAGAUGGCUUCUGCGACAGAACCGUCUCGAAGAGGCCAAGGCUAUGCUUGUCAAAUUGCGCCAGGGAGCUUUCACAACGGACGAAGUUGAGGCUGAAUUCCUCGAGCUCCGCCUAGCACUGGAGAGUGAAGAGAAAGGGAAGUUUGUCGAAGUCUUCCGUGGCAAAAACGUGCUGCGGACCGCCAUCGUUAUUGGCGUCAAUUUCUUCCAGCAAGCCACAGGACAAGCAUUUGCGUCGCAGUACGGCGCCGUCUACGUCCGAACUCUAGGAAUUUUCAACCCAGUGUUGUUCAGCCUGAUCAACUCUGCGAUCAACGUGAUCAUUAACUUGGGCACUUUACUUGUGACUGACAAAUUAGGAAGACGCACACUCCUCAUGAUUUCCUCCGUUGCUAUGAUGGGCUGCCUGCUGUCAAUGGGAAGCCUGGGCAUCCAGGUCCCCGUCUCGACGGCCCGUAUGAAGGGCAUCAUGGCGCUGAUUUCGCUGUUUGGAGCCAGCUUUUCGCUUGGUUGGGCUCCAUUGACCUACGUUGUUGCCACGGAGGUUUCAGCGCUCCGCCUUCGCGACCAUACAUCUCGCGUUGGGUUCACGGUCAACGUAGUCUUCAACUUCCUCGUAAACUUCUCUAUCCCCUAUCUUGUCUGGCCGGAGAAUGCCGGGCUUGGCAGUAAAGUCGGCUUCAUUUUUGGGAGCGUUGCAUUUUGCUCGCUGAUCUUUACGUACUUUUGCGUACCUGAGUGCAAGGGAAAAACGCUGGAGCAGGUCGAUUAUCUGUUCAAGACUGGAGUCGGACUUCGACACUUUGUCGACGCAGAUGCCGGCGGCCUCUUGAAGUCGAUUCCGGGGUUGCAACGCAAGGAGGAACAUCAAAGCGACGUUGAGAAGGGGACAUCGUUUGUUGCAUACCAAAAGGAUGCCAAAUGA